AUGCAGGACUCGAGAUACGUUCCGAAUCCUCUCAGGCCAUACUACGUCCCUCCUUCCAUUGGAACAGAUCCGCUACCUAAUUCUACCUUGGGUGCCUCGAAACCCGUCCCUCAGGGCACUAGCUUCGCAUUUCCCGACAUCGAUUAUUCCGACUAUAUUUCUGAUACCUCGCCAUCUCUACCGGGAUCUGUCAAAUCAAUCGUUGAUAACGCGUUAUGGAAAUAUGCAAAUGUCGUGCUGGCGCAGCCAUUUGAGGUGGCAAAGCUGAUCCUGCAGGCACGCGUUGCACAAGACGAUGAGCUGGAAGACAAAAAGCCGCGAAGGAGGCAUACAUAUGGCGAGCUAGAAGAGGAAGACGCCCAUGAGCAUGACGAAUAUGACUACGAACACUCAUCAGAUGACGAGCCCAACUACUUCACAUCUUCUGCGCCCUUUGAGCAAUCGAUAUCGAGUCGCUCGCCAACUCGUGGUCGGCGCGGGAGACCACCUCGAGGAACGGCGUCGUCACGAGUACCUGAUCGCCCUCAACAAGCCGAUGUCCAAUUACAGCUCAAGAACCCUCAUUCCCUGAUUGAUGCUCUAUCGUCUCUAUCAUCGAGCGGCGGAGCGUUGGCUAUGUGGCGGGCAACGAAUUCUACAUUUGUGUACAAUAUACUGACGAAGACUUUGGAGACCUUCUUCAGAAGUUUCUUAGCGGCUAUUCUAGGAGUAGCAGAGAAUGACAUACUCAAUACGCCGUCACCGGGAGCAAUUCCCGACAGCUCUAUCCUCACCUCUACGGCUCCAGUGGCAACCAUCAUGAUCAGCACUGUGGCAGCAGCUAUGUCCGCCCUUGUCCUUGCACCGAUCGACGCUGCCCGUACCAGACUCACUCUGACACCUUCCAGUCAAGAGCCGCGAACACUCCUUGGGACACUGCGGACACUACCAACUCCAUACCUCAUACCCAGCCAUCUCAUCCCUAUCACUUUCUUCAGCUCAACUCUACCAACGCUGAUCUCUGUAAGCACCCCGGUGUUUCUCAAAACCUAUCUCGGGCUGGAUCCUAUCAUAAAUCCAGCCACUUGGAGUGUUGCGACAUUUGUGGGAUCGGCAUUGGAUCUAUCGGUCAAGUUCCCUCUGGAAACCGUUCUCCGUCGAGCACAAAUUGCGACCUGGACAUCUCCAGCGUAUGCACCCCCUUCCUCAUCUUCCAAACGCAAGGCGAUUACGACCAUUGUUCCUGUCCCGCAAUCCUACCGAGGGAUCCUGCCCACCUUCUGGAGUAUCGCACGCGAAGAAGGUUAUUCUGAGACUCAAAAAGAUAAAACUGCUGCGUUGAUGGGCAAGGCACCCAGGCGUAAGAGAAAGGGACAGGGGAUUGAAGGGCUGUAUCGCGGCUGGCGGGUUGGCUUGUGGGGGUUGGUGGGUGUCUGGGGCACAGCAUUUGUGGGAGGUCUACAGGGCGGCAGCGAGUCUGCAGCCGCUGAAGCUGGUCUUCACGGUGGUAAGUUCUGA